AUGAAUUGUCAACAAGUUACAUCAUCAAAUCCAAAUUAUUCUGAAUCAUUAAAUUCUACUCUUUCUGAAGAUAAGGAUUCUAACGAUAGAAAGCCAAAUUUAGAAGCAAUAAAACUUUCAUUGAAAUUAGCUUCUGGUUCAGCAAUGACAAUG